AUGAAGAAGAAAGGGACGAAGAUGAUGAGUGUUGGAGGUGAGGAACAAUGGCUUUCUGUGAUGCUCGUGAUGGAGGAAAUGGUUUCGGAGAAGGAUCAUCGCUACAAAAGUCUCUGUCAGUCUGUGAGGAAAAACCGUCUAUUUGCUUUGAGCAGUAAUACAAUGAAUGUCAAACACUCUGGCCGUGUCAAAUCACAUUUUCAAGUGAACCAAACCAAUCCUCGAGUUCAAUAUUACCUUCUAAUCUGUUACACUACAUCUCUCAAUUCUUUGUUCAUUUGCCGUUCAUCAACUAUGAUUUCUUCAAUUAAAACCCUUUCCAUAUUGUUAUCUGUUUUCUUCUUCCUAUUCCCAUCAGGUACAGGAUUAUAUUCAAGGACUUUGACCGUUACCAACAAAUGCACCUACACAGUAUGGCCAGCAGUUUUAUCCGGCAUUGAAAGCUCCCCGCUACCUACCACGAGCUUAGCCCUCCAACCAGGUGACUCCAACACUCUCCCUGUCCCUCCUGCUUGGUCCGGCCGAUUGUGGGGUCGGACCCUUUGCUCCAUCAAUAUCACCGGCAAGUUCUCAUGUGUCACCGGUGAUUGCGGGACGUCAGAGGUAGAAUGCACCGGCAGGAACCCGACCUCACCAGUAACACUGGUAGAGUUUCAUUUUGACAGUAUGUCCCAGAUGAACUUAUACGACAUCAGCCUUGUGGAAGGUUUCAACCUUCCGGUGAGAGUGGCUCCCACGGGUGGAAAGUGUUUGACUAUGAGUUGCUUGGAGGACUUGAACAGUGCUUGUCCCACGGAACUUAAGGUGAUGAGGAAUGGAGAGGCAGUGGGUUGCAAAAAUACCUGCGAAACUGAACCAUGCCUCAAUUCACUGCUUUUUAAAACGGCUUGUUCUGACGCUCACGUGUACCCUCACGAUGAUGCCUUCGUCACUUGUUCAUCUUCUCAUUAUACAAUCACUUUCUGUCCCACAAAAAGUUGGAGUAAGGCAGAGAACGAAAAAGAGCCUGCAGGAAAAAACGUAGCGAAAUACACAGUGGUGUUAGCUGUUAUUAGUGUUAUUUGUGGCUUGAUAAUAUUCCAAAUAAGAUUACGUUUAUCAAACAGAGAUUGGGAAUUCAGCUUUCGCGCAGGAACAAUAGAGCUGACACCACAAAUAGCGUCCAACGCAUAA